UUAUUUUAGUUGAAGCAACAUUUCGAUAUCGUGAUGACGCAUGCCAAUCGCUGAAGUACGAUUUAUUUUAUUGUUUAUUGGAUUUUUAUAAGCAUGCAUUUGAUCCAAACAAUUACAUUUGUGUGCUUUUUGUUUUUUGACGAAUCAAACUCGGUUCGUUUACACAAGAUGUUCCAAUUUGUCGACGGUUUCAAAUCAGAGCACAACCUCAGAGGAUUCCUCCAUGUAGGCAAUGAUUACGCAGUGUUUCUUCGAGCACCAAAAUCUCACGACAAAUUCCUUAUAUACGAAUUAUAUGAGGCCAAAAACGUUCCCGAAAGUGACAGCUAUAAACCUAGAAUGCUGGCUAUAACAAAAGUACCCAUAGAAUAUAUGAGAGACCAGCUGAAGACGUUCAGAAAUGAGCUGUACAAAGCUAAAUAUAUGGACGAAAACGUUGUACCCGGGACACAGAUUAAAACGUUGAGAGAAUGGCAGAUAGACAGAGCCUUAACUUUCCACGAAAAUCCUGGACAAUUGCAUAACAAAGUACCUGUAUUACGAACGAUACUCUAACAAAUUGAACGAAA